UUUCAGGUAGGGCCGGAAGUCUAGCUACUUCCGCUUCCAGCCGGGAGUGUCUACUGUCCCGGGCAUUCUCGGCGGUAACCAGCCCUUACAAUGGCCGCGUCUUUGGCGGGAAAGAAGAUCGUGUUUGUGACGGGAAACGCAAAGAAGCUGGAGGAGGUCAUUCAGAUUCUAGGAGAUAAGUUUCCGUGCACUUUGGUGGCACAGAAAAUUGACCUGCCUGAGUACCAGGGAGAGCCUGAUGAAAUUUCCAUACAGAAGUGCAAAGAGGCAGCUCGCCAGGUACAGGGUCCUGUACUGGUGGAGGAUACCUGUCUGUGCUUUAAUGCCCUCGGGGGACUCCCUGGCCCCUACAUAAAAUGGUUCCUAGAGAAGCUAAAGCCCGAAGGUCUCCAUCAGCUCCUGGCCGGCUUUGAGGACAAAUCAGCCUAUGCACUUUGCACAUUUGCUCUCAGCACUGGAGACCCAAGCCAGCCCGUGCUCCUGUUCAGGGGCCAGACCUCGGUGCGUACCCACUGCGAUCUGCUGCAGGAACAAAACAAGAAGAGGCUAGAGUUAGCAGGGCCAGAUCGUGAUGCCACGAGGCUCCCGGGACUUUGGCUGGGAUCCCUGCUUCCAGCCUGAUGGAUAUGAACAAACGUAUGCAGAGAUGCCAAAGGCUGAGAAGAACACCAUUUCUCAUCGGUUCCGGGCCCUGCUCAAGCUACAAGAGUACUUCAGUGUGACUGCUGGGGCUGCUGGCCACUAAGGCCAUGGGCGAGGGGGGACUGGUGCAGAGCUCUCCAGGAGACGGGCACUCCUGGCAAGUAUUUUUCUGGGUUUCCCUUUGCCGGGGAUCCAGGCAGCUUCGGCAGCCAGGUAUGGAAGAGCAGUUUGCUCUGUAUAGGGGAUUCUGGGCCAGUUGAUACUACACUCUUAACCCUUUGGGAUUCAAGGGUUGCCUUGGUGGCAUAGUGGUGUACACCUUUACUCCUAGAAUUUGGGAGGCAGAGGCAGAUAGAUCUUUGUGAGUUCAAGGCCAGCCUGGUUUACAUAGUGAGUUCCAGGACAGCCAGAACUACACAGUGAGAUGCUGUCUCAAAAACAAACAGAAAACAGAGUUACUCUUGCAGCCUCUGGGAUCCUGAGAGAACUUUGUGUUCAUACUUCUAAGCGGGGUUGAGAGUUGCAAAGAAACAUACAACCUUUGAUUUUAGAAUGCAACAAAUGUAAAUAAGGAAGACGUUUCCAAAAUAAAUGGUAUAUCUGUCUUGAA